AUGCACGACCUAUCCCGGAAGCUGUGGAAACGAGAGCCGCUUACUGCAUCAGAAGAAAUGGCACAGGAGCGGGAAGAAGGUUCACCGCGGGGCGCACUGGGUUACAAGAAGAACCGUCACGUUGACGGUCCGGAGCCACAAAAGCCUCGUAAGGGAGGGCGCGACGCCCUCGUGGAAGGUGCUACAGGGGUGGCACAACGACGCACCCUAUCCAAACUUCGCGUACCCUGGUUCUAUACCGUCAUCCGGUACAUUCGGAGUACUUUCGAUUCAUGGCGCGCACCCGAUCCAUCAUUGACAAAGGCAGCUACGCACUGCAAGCUUUGCCGGGAGAAAGAUCCCGUCCGCAUCGACAAAGUCACCGCGAUACGCCACCUGAAAUUACCGUAUGCGGCGGCGCAUGCCAGGGCCAAGGCGUACAGCUCCGUGCAACUGAGCCCGAUCUCGAUGGAAUCUCCCCGAUCCCCGUCAUCCUUCAACUUCGAGCCGAUGGUUGAGAAGGAAGAUAUCGCUGAGAAGCAGAGGCUGGAAUAUCAGGAGACGAUCAGCUUGUUGAGAUGUUCACGAGGAGACAAGAUGGGG